AUGAUGGAUGCACUGCAAUCUGGUUCUAAUAUGGAUCCAGGUCAGGGCAAUGCUCUGAACUCCCUUCAACAAGUAGCUAUGGGCUCUCUACAAAAUCCUGCCAGUGGUCAACAACAGGUGAACAUGAACUCGAUAUCAUCUCAUAGUGGACUUUCAACAUUGCAGUCAAGCCAUAAUCCACUACAACCUACUUCAAAUAUACUUCCAAACCAGCAUGUAAAACAGGAGCAACUAAUGUUUCCAACGCAGCAGAAUAAACAACAAUUUCAGCAGCGGCAGCCGAUACAGCAGCAAUAUAUGCAAAGACAGCACUUAAUUCAGCAGCAGCAGCAAACAAAUCAGCAGCAAUCUGUGCAGUUCGCGGCACAUCAAAUGUUACAGCAUCAGAUGAAUGAGACAAAUGAAAUGAAGAUGAGGCAGCAGAUGGGUGUCAAAUCAGGAGUUCUUCAGCAACAUCAUUCCUCUGGCCAGCGUUCAUCAUAUCACCAACCACUGAAGCCUGGAACUCCAUUCUCUACUUCCUCACCACAAGUCCUUCAGGCAUCAUCCCCUCAGGUGCAUCUUUCCCCCCAAAUUGACCAGCAGAAUCUUCUGACGUCUCAUCCAAAGACUGGAACCCCCUUGCAAUCUGCAAACUCUCCAUUUGUUGUUCCAUCUCCAUCAACUUCCAUGACUCCAUCAAUCAUCCCAGGCGAGUCUGAUAAAAUGAACUCUGUUGUUGCAUCCCUGUCUAAUGCUGCAAAUCCUGGUCAUCAUCAAACAACUGGAGCAUCCAUACCAGCGCAAUCCCUUGCUAUUGGCACUCCUGGGAUAUCUGCCUCACCUUUACUUGCUGAAUUUACCAGUCCCGAUGGUACUCACGGUGUUGUAUCACCCAUGGUUUUGGGAAACUCAAAUGUUGUAGAACAACCACUUGAACGCUUAAUUAAAGUGGUGAAGUCUAUGUCACCUAAAGCAUUGAGUUCCUCGGUUAGUGACAUCAGCUCAGUAGUUAGUAUGAUUGAUAGAAUUGCUGGAUCUGCUCCAGGAAAUGGAUCAAGAGCAGCAGUGGGUGAAGAUUUGGUUGCGAUGACAAAGUGUCGGUUGCAGGCCAGAAACUUUUUCGCACAAGAUGGAUCGAGUGGUACAAAGAGAAUGAGACGUUAUACAAGUGCAAUGCCAUCAAAUGUUGUUUCGUCUACUGGAAGUGUAAAUGAUAGUUUCUAUCAGUUAAAUGGUAAUGAAUCUGAUGGAGAGUCCACUGGUGCAUCUAGCAUUAAAAGGCCUAGAAUUGAGGCUAACCAUGCACUUGAAGAAGAAUUACAGGAGAUAAAUGAAAGAUUGAUAGAUACAGUGGUAUAUAUUAGUGAUGAAGUUGUGGAUCCAACUGCAGUAGCUGCUACUGCCAAAGGUGGAGAUGGAACCAUCGUGAAGUGCUCUUUUAGCGCCGUGGCUCUUAGUCCAAACUUGAAAUCACAAUAUGCUUCGGCACAAAUGUCCCCAAUUCAACCUUUACGUUUACUUGUUCCCAACAACUAUCCAAAUUGCUCGCCAAUACUUUUGGACAAGUUUCCAGUUGAAGUCAGCAAAGAGUAUGAAGAUAUCUCCAUAAAGGCAAAAUCAAGAUUUAGCAUCUCUCUCCGAACCCUCUCACAACCCAUGUCACUCAGUGAGAUAGCAAGGACUUGGGAUAUUUGUGCUCGUGCUGUUAUUUCCGAGUAUGCACAGCAAAGUGGCGGAGGAAGUUUUAGCUCGAAAUAUGGGACCUGGGAGAACUGCUUGACUACUGCAUGA